UACUUCCCAGGAACAUUAGAAGUUUCCUGGUUUCUGCUGAUUCUUGAGGCCUAGGAAGGUGCUCUCCCCCAACAGAAUUCAGAGACCUGACAAUGUCCCUGUAUUGUGGAAUUGCUUGCAGGAGAAAAUCUUUUUGGUCCUAUAGACUGCUGUCAACUUAUGUCACUAAGAGCCGGUAUUUAUUUGAACUGAAGGAAGAUGAUGAUGCAUGUAAAAAAGCCCAGCAGACAGGAGCAUUUUACCUCUUUCAUAGCCUGGCUCCUUUGCUUCAGAAAUCAGAACAUCAAUACCAGGCCCCCAAGCAUAGCCUACUAGAGUUGGAAAGGCUCCUAGCUAAGUUUGGACAGGACACACAAAGAAUAGAAGAUUCUGUGCUGAUUGGAUGCUCUGAACAGCAUGAAGCAUGGUUUGCUCUGGAUCUAGGUCUAAAUAGCUCCUCUUCCAUAAAUGUGGGAAGAAAUAUGUUACCACGCAGUAGCUCAGGGUCUUCAGACCUACAUUUGGGAACCAGCUUCCUUACAGAAACCAGAAAUGGAGACAGAGCUCAAGGGGUCUUUCAUGGAGCUGAGGAAGGCUCUCUUUCAGCUGAAUACAAAGGAUGCCUCCUUGCUAUCCACGGCUCAGGCUCUUCUCCGUUGGCAUGACAGUCAUCAGUUCUGUAGCAGAAGUGGGCAGCCCACCAAGAAGAAUAUGGCUGGCAGCAAGCGUGUAUGCCCUUCCAAUAAGAUUAUCUAUUAUCCACAGAUGGCUCCUGUGGUGAUCACUCUCGUGUCAGAUGGGACUCGAUGCCUGCUUGCCCGCCAGAGUUCCUUUCCCAAGGGAAUGUAUUCUGCCUUGGCAGGUUUUUGUGAUAUAGGUGAAAGUCUGGAAGAGGCUGUCCGAAGAGAAGUUGCAGAAGAGGUGGGAUUGGAGGUGGAAAGACUGCAGUACUCUGCAUCCCAGCACUGGCCCUUUCCUAAUAGCUCACUCAUGAUUGCUUGUCAUGCAACUGUGAAAUCAGGGCAGACAGAGAUCCAGGUGAACUUGAGAGAACUAGAAGCAGCUGGCUGGUUCAGUCAUGAUGAGGUGGCCACAGCCCUGAGGAGAAAUAAUCCAUACACUCAGCAACAGAAUGGGACAUUCUGGUUGCCCCCCAAGUUAGCCAUUGCCCACCAACUGAUUAAGGAGUGGGUAGAAAAGCCAAACUGUUCUACCCUGCCUGCUUAACUCAGGUUGAGACAUCUAGAUCCUUUCUCAGUAUCUUGGAGGGGCAUAAGAGAGAUCAGUUGAUAAAGGGGAGGUGAUAAAAGGCCAUCUCCAGGACAACUUCAUAAUAAGGCAGAGUAGAAGGUAAUCCUACAGUGGGCUGCCUCUAACAGCAGUGUUAAGGAAGUUCUUCUUCAAAGGCAAUCAAAAAUGCCAAACUGAUAAGAUGAUGAUUGUCAAAAUCAGAGGGAAAGUUGAAGCAUUAGUUUGGAUAUAGGCCUUUGUUCAGCAAUUUUCAUUGAGGCCUUGGAAGCAAACAUCUCUUCAGCAGGUAUCUUGUUAAUGCUGGAUUUAUACUAACUGCCAAAAUGUGCCUGAUAGAAUUUUAUCUUACUAUUGAAAGUAUACAGCAAACCUCAACCCACUCCUGACUUUUCAUCCUCACAGAAUUAAGAAAAAUAGCACAACCCGGGAUUUAAAUAAAAGUCAUAUUUAAGUCAUCUGAAGGGAUGAGGAAAGUGGGAGUCAAGGUCUUCCUCAGGGUACUCUGUAAUAAAUCAGAUGCAGUGAUGUUUUGCUGAGGUAACUGCACCCCAGUGGGGUUUAUGAUAGUUAAGUCUUUUGCAGUUAACUUGCUCAACUUGUGACCCAAGGAAAAGAUGAUCACUUUGCCAUGUCUGACUUCCUAAAUGCACAACAGUCACUGCCAUUUGCAUACCCAGUUAAGUGUUGUAACUUCACUUAAGGGAUUAGUGAGGAUGAACCAUUUCUUGAGCUUUAUCAGAUAAACUAAUGUAGGAUUUCUCAUCAUUCAUGUGUCAUUCUACACCUCAUCAUAGAAGAGAAGAAUUUAUCUGGAGCAAAUAAAGUAAAUUUCCAUACCUUUGUUCA